UCCAGCCAAAACGAACCCUUUUCCUUUUUUAAAAUUGUAUUUAUUUCAUCCUACCAUUGGAUAUGCCUUUUAAAAACAAGAUGUAACUGGCCACCGAACAUUUACAUCCUCACUUGAAUAAAUCUACAUGUUUUAAAGAGCCGGGAUGAACAUCACUGAUGGAAGUUUAUUGUGGCGAAUGCUUUUAACUAUGGUAUGCCGAUGUGAUUGUUUAUUUUGCCCUCUAUCCUUGGCGAUGGGUCCCUAAUUUUUGGGAUUAUUAAUUCCGCGAUUCUACAAGGAAUCCUCAGCGAUCGAAGAGGGAAUUCUGCACAGCCAGGCAAACUACAGGGGAUUUAAAUCGGAGACGAGAAGAGAAGCAGGAAGAAAAUUCAUGUGGCGAUUCUCUCCUUAACAAUAAAUCAUUUUGGAUUGCAGAAUGAGCAAGGAAAGACCUAAGAGGAAUAUCAUUCAGAAGAAAUACGAUGAUAAUGAUGGGAUGCCCUGGUCGGAGGAGCGAGUGGUGCGGAAGGUGCUUUAUCUCUCGCUGAAGGAGUUUAAGAGCGCACAGAAGCGCCAGCUCUGUGACGGCAUCGGCGAUGAGCGAAAAGGUCCUAAUGCUUCCUUGUCAAAUGGACAGCUGAAUGGGUCUAAGGGAGGACAUAAAGAGGACGGGUCUCGCUCUCAGAGGAAAGAUGGAGGAAGCGAGUAUUCUGUGGACGGUCCGGCCAAAAAGAGGCCCAGACUGCAUGCGCAGAGGAAGUUUGCUCAGUCUCAACCCAACUCUCCCAGCAACACACCGGUGAAGAUGGCCGACCCCUCUCUGCCCACGCCGCUCACACACAUCACAUUCCUCUCCAGUCGCAAACCCAAGACAGAAGACUUCCUCACCUUCAUAUGCCUUCGAGGCUCACCGGCAUUACCCAGUAACAUGGCCUACUUCGGCUGCUCUCAGGAUGAGGAGGAUCUGGAAGACGAAGAUGAGAUUGAAGAAGAGAAAGCACCCAGCGUGGCGUCCACGUCGUGCCAGUCCACACCUAAGAAGGGCAAACCACCUGGCAAGAUCAACGGACUCGUGUUGAAUGGCCAUAAGGUACACAAGGACAAAGAGCUUACUCCCAGAUCCAAAGCCAGAGAGUCAUCUGUGGGGAGAGAUCGCAGCGAGAGGUGUGAUGAGUCUGAAAUCUCCCACAAACACACGGCAGCCACAGCCAAGAGCCACAACACCAAUGGCCACAACUACAGGAGAGCUGCAGAGGAGCUCCGAAAGCAGGUCUCAAAGGUAAAUGGACUCACAAGGGCAUCAUCAGUUGGCACGCAUAAAGGCAGUGCCAAAAAGCAGAAAGACUUCCGUCUGCCGUCCAAAACUGUGAAGUACACAGCCACCGUGUCCAAGGGCCACGUCACCUACACCAAAGCAAAACGAGAACUGGUUAAAAAAGCCAAACUCAACCACAGCAAGCACGCAGCUUCUGCUGGCCUCCGUGCUUACAGCAACAACCAUCACCAUAAUUCUCAUCAUGCAACCAGCAAUGGCCAUGGCCGGCCCCAGCUCUCUCACUCAGGAAAAGCCCAAAGUAUCAAUGCAAAAACCCGCAAACAGGUGCUAUUAUCGAAUGGGGUGCAUAAGAUGACUAAUGGGAGCCGGCUUAACGGCAGGCUAAAUGGACGCCAUAGUGCCAGGGAAGAGGAGGUUGUUGACCGACCAGUGCGGCAAGGACUGCGGAACUCUAAGCGCAGAAGUGAUGCCAUGACAAUGCUUGGAGCUGUAACUGAGAGUGAAGAGGCUAAAACUAAGCAGCAUGCCACUGAGGUUAAGAAAGCUAAAGUGCAGCCUAGCCCUCUGGAAACUCGCAGCAAGAAGGCCCUGAAUCAGUUCAAGUCCCCUAACACAGUCACUAUUGCACAUAGUAUCACUGAAAUGGCUGCCUCCCCUAUUCAGAAAACGGGUCCUGCCCCUCCUCCAUCUCCCCCUGCUGCUCCAGCUUCCCCGUCCAUGCCCCAGAACCCUGCAAUCCCUGAGCCAGCACGACAGCGACCCAAACGUGCCUCUGCUGGCAAACUGAUGUUCAUUAGAAAAGCACAGCAGAGGGCCCAAACUAAUCCUACCCUCAACCGGACCACAUCCACUACCUCAGCCAGCAAGUCCUUCAAACCAGCAGAGCCCACACACACGCCUCCACCUCGGCUGGACAGAGACAGGGAGCGUGAGAGGGAACGGGAGAGGAGCAGGGCGAGGUAUGCAGCCUUGGGGGAUGUGCCCGUUUUCAAGCCAAGCUCCAGGGAGUUCCAGGACCCUUUGGUGUACCUAGACUCAUUUCGAGAACAGGCCGAGUCAUGUGGACUGUGCAGAGUGCUGCCUCCUACUGACUGGAGGCCAGAAUGCAAACUCAAUGAUGAGAUGCGUUUUGUGACACAGGUUCAGCGCAUCCACAAGCUGGGCAGGCGUUGGGGCCCCAAUGUUCAGAAACUUGCCUGCAUUAAGAAGCACCUCAAAUCUCAGGGCAUCUCAAUGGAUCAGCCACCUGUUAUAGGCAAGUCUUUUAAAUCCUCUGCAUUUAUAUCUGCUUUUGUUUGUGUAGGUGGCUGUGAAGUAGAUUUGGCUCGUUUUUCUGAGCUGGUCUGCGACUUGGGUGGAAUGCAGCAGGUGAUGGACCUGAAAAAAUGGAGCCGGCUGGCCGACCUGCUUCGCAUUCCCAAAUCAGCACAGGAUCGUCUGGCCAAGCUCCAGGAGGCCUACCUCCAGUUUCUGCUCUCUUAUGACAUGCUUUCACCUGAGGAGCUCCAGCGUUUGGAGCAGGAGGUGCGGGCAGAAAAGGAGGCUCUGGAGUGCAAGCGGGGACCCCUGGAGGGUCACUCUGAUAAUGGCCAUCAUUCUCUGGCUCUUCCUCGUUAUGAACCUAAGAAUGGGCUCAAUGGCCUCAGCCAUCGCAAUGGCUUCCGCAAUCACCACAAAGAGCCAGACAUACAGCGGCAGGCUGGCCGCCGCAGACUGUUUGCUCAGGAAAAGAAAGGGGAAAAAGUGGAGAGUGAAGAGGCAGUGGAGGAGAUGGAAGAUGAAGGUGUUCUCAGUGACCAGCACAAAUGUAUAUACAAGGGGAGAUCGGUAUCUUUGACCACCUUUUACAGAAUAGCAAGAAAUACAAUGAUGAUGUACUUCAACAAAGAGCCUGGGGCUGCUGAAGUUGAGCAAGAUUACUGGCGGAUGGUGGAGCAGAGGGACUGCCAUGUAGCAGUGCAUUAUGGGAAAGUGGACACAAACACACAUGGAAGCGGCUUCCCUGUGGGCAAGUCGGAGCCAUUCUCCAAGCAUGGAUGGAACCUCACUGUCCUUCCCAAUAACUCUGGAUCCAUUCUGCGCCAUCUUGGUGCUGUGCCGGGGGUGACUAUUCCCUGGCUGAACAUUGGCAUGGUCUUUUCUACCUCAUGCUGGUCACAAGACCAAAACCGCCUUCCAUACAUUGAUUACUUACACACUGGUGCUGAUUGCAUUUGGUAUUCCAUUCCUGCUGAGGAAAAGACAAAGCUUGAUAAAGUGGUGCACACACUGCUACAGGCCAACGGCACGCCGGGACUGGAAAUGCUGGAGAAGAAUGUUAUGAUUUCUCCAGAGGUGCUUUGUCGUGAGGGAAUAAAGGUCCAUCGUACAGUCCAGCAGAGUGGGCAGUUUGUGGUGGUCUUCCCCGGUGCAUUUGUGUCCAGGGUGUGCUGUGGCUACAGUGUGUCUGAAACUGUGCACUUUGCCACACCACAGUGGAUGAACCUGGGCUACGAGGCUGCUAAGGACCUGAAAUGCCGGCGCAUAGCAAAACCCUUCUCAAUGGAGAAGCUGCUCUAUCAGAUCGCCACAGCUGAGGCCAAACGAGAAAACAGACUUGUGCUCAGUACAAUCUCUUCUCUUCUUAAAGAUCUCAGGAACAUAGAGAUGAAGCAAAGGCAGGAGCUGUAUGAAGCAGGGCUGCUCUCCUCCGCACGCUACUGCACUCAUGACCACAACCAAUCACCUGCUGACACCAGGAAGAAGCCGCGCAAGUGGCUGGCACUGGAGUCUUCAGAGAGGCGCUGCCAAAUGUGUCAGCACCUCUGCUACUUAUCUAUGGUGGUGCAGGAGAACGAGAAUGUGGUGUUCUGUCUGGAGUGUGCGCUGCACUAUGUGGAGAAACACAAAAACUGCCGCGGACUCAAGAUGAUGUACCGCUAUGAUGAGGAACAGAUCAACAGUUUGGUGAAUCAGGUGUGUGGUAAAGCCCUGGUGAGAAGCGGGUCAGAAGUUUGUAAUGGCUCCAGUCCCAUUAAACCACCCGCCAAACGCGGCCCGCGCAAGAGGGCAACAAUGGAGCUUUCCCUCACCCACCUGCCAACCCACCUGUCCAAAAGUGCCGCUGCUGCCGUCUCAUGAUAAAUGCCGCCCGGUCACCCAAAUCAACCAAUCAUUCUCCUCUCUUCAUAUCGUUUGUCUUUUAUCACCCACCUAGCAGGGCAGAGAUUCCUGUGUUGAAAGCAGGCUGCCUUUUUUUUGCACUAGAGCACUAGUUUUGAAUUCACCAGAUGUUUGAUAGCAUUAAGAGACACUGUCCCAGCUGUUUUACUGACAGGUGUGAGUAUGAUGUCACCAUGUUCGUCCUCGUCUUCAGCCCCAUCGACUGCACACACAAACACACAAGCUCCUCCUGAACUGUGAACUGUGGGACAAAUGGGUGCUUUUCUCUCUUUUUUUUUUUCCUAGCCCCCCUCCCCCCCUUUCAGUUGAAUGUUGUUGCUAGAUGGAGCUGC